GGGAGGAGGAAGGGGAGGAGGAGGAAGGGGAUCCAUCAACACACCGAGACGUUUCCGUGAACCGUGAUAAAGUAUGGAGAGCCCAGAGUUGUCUUUUACUUUGGCCUACAUCGUAUUCUCUCUCUGCUUCGUGUUUACCCCUAACGAGUUCCGCUCGGCCGGUUUGACCAUCCAGAAUCUGUUUUCGUCCUGGCUGGGCAGCGAGGAUGUGGGGUUCAUCCAGUACCACGUAAAGAGGAGCAGCGUUACCGUCCUGGUUCACUCCGCACUUCCACUAGGUUACUACAUGGGAAUGUGUAUCGCUGCUCCAGAAAAAAACCUGGGAUACAUUCACCAGGUGAGUGAAAGCUGGAGAACAUUUCUCCUCCUCUCUCUCUGCCUGCAGUUGGCCAGCUGGACGCUCGUCAUUUACUGGUCCCGCUGUCACUGGCACAAUCAUCCAAUUAGCCAGGCCCUGCAGGCUCAUGUACAGUCCCCUCACUCCAGCUGGGGCUCUGUGGCAACCAGUAUCAACACUGAAUUUAGACGCAUAGAUAAGUUUGCUACAGGGGCGCCAGGAGCCAGAGUUAUUGUAACUGACAGCUGGGUGUUGAAGGUGACCACCUAUCACAUCUACAUGGCCUUGCAAAGUGAAUGCCAUGUGACAGUGACAGACUCCAGACAGCAUCAGCUGAGUCCCGACUCUGCCUCUCCCACAGAGAUCUUGACCCUGAGAGUGGACAGCAUUAACCCUGCUGUCAGACCAUUCAAUAUCAAGCUUAACUCUACAGAGUAUGCUGAGCUCAGGGAGAAGCUCCGAGCUCCCAUCAGAAACUCUCCCAAUGUUGUAAUCCACCAAACAAUUAGUGAGCUUUUCCUGGAAACAUUCAAAGCCCAAGUGGACCUCAAUCAGCCGUAUACACUCCCCACUGGACAGGAAGUGGAUCCCUGUAUUGGGUGUAUGCAGAUUCCAGCAAACACCAAGGUUGUCAGACUCUGCCCUACAGCAGGGACUGAUAAUGAGUCAGAGUGCCAGCAGUGUUUCUGCAGACCCAUGUGGUGUCUGUCAUGUCUGGGUCGAUGGUUUGCCAGCCGCCAAGACCAGCAAAGACCUGAGACGUGGUUGUCCAGCCGAGUCCCCUGCCCUACCUGUAGAGCCAAAUUCUGCAUACUGGACAUCUCUUUGGUCCAGUGACAAGACACAAGCAAAAAUGACAGCUCCAAACUGGUAUUUUCCUAAUGUGGAGGUAUGUUUUUAUGCAAUGUUCAGCAACAGACCUCGGCAGCAGGAAUUCACAGGACACUAGGCUGAACUUAGUUAUGUACAUGCUUUUUCUGUUCUUUAAGUGUAAACAAUAUUGGUUUGAACUUAAAUCGAGUUCAAACCAAGUGUCACUGAAGUUUUGGAGAAUUUUUUGCUUGGUGUGUUACUCUCAGGUUCAAAAACAAAGCCAACACAAAGUGUCAAAUGUGCAGUUCCUUGGCUGACCAUUUGAGACUGGCUUCAAAAGCAACCGAGUCCCUAUAGACCCCAUCUUACAAUGCCUAACUUUACAGCAGAAAUAAACAUGUUUACAGCCUGCUACACAAAACAGUUUUGGUCUUGAUAGCUAAUUUCCUUGUCCAUGGCAACCAUACAGAGGGGAAAAUAUGACAAACUCCUUAAUUUAAAUUGUGUUAUGGAUUGAAGUUAUGCAUAAUUGAGGUGUUACAAUUAAGGUGUUAUCAGCAGUAAAAUGCACUGCUGCUAAUACAGAUUAGAACACUGAUUAUUCUACUGGUAUUUAUUAGAGAAACUAUUUAAUCAGUACCAUUAAUUUCACUUUGAUUUGGCCACAAAUUAAAGUGAAUUCCUGCAUUAGGGGGCAGUUUCAGACCUAAAUACACUUCAAGACAAUAUCAUGUUUGAAUAGGAAUGUUUGAUUACAAAGUUUAAAAUUUAACAGCUCUAAUGUCCAGCUGUCAGUUAGAAAUGAUCAACUGCAUUGAUCAGUAAAAUAAAUACUUUACGCUAUGUUUAACA